ACACCUUACUGCAGUUGGUCUUUGUGGCCGACAAAGUCAUUAGGAUUUGCUAUUAAAAAAAAUCUUGGGUUUAUGCUUUGUGGAAUAAAGUCUCCUCCGCACACUCAUCAGAUCAGAUCUGACUGCAGAUCUUUGGACUUGAGAUCUCAGACUACUGCAAUGGCCGCUUCCGAUGCCGCCGCCAAGAGAAGAAGUCUAAACGAGGGUUUGGCAGAUCCAAAGCUGCAGCAAUCAUCAACGGGCAUCAGCUCCAGCAGCAGCGGAAGCAGACCCUCACCCUCCUACGGUCGUGGUUACGAAGUCUUCCUGAGCUUCCGCGGGGCUGAUACCCGGGAUGGCUUCACUGAUUUCCUCUACACUAGCCUGAGAGAUGCCGGGGUCGAUGUUUUCAGGGACAAUGAAGAGCUCCAUGUUGGGGAAGAGAUCGGUCCCCAGCUCCUCGACAGGAUUGAGCGGUCCAAGAUCUCUAUCCCCAUUUUCUCCAAGAACUACGCCUCCAGUAAAUGGUGCCUCCGGGAGUUUGCUUGUAUGAUGGAAUGCAGGAAGAGGAUGAAGCAGACUGUGCUUCCCAUUUUCUACGAUGUCACGCCGAAUGAGGUUCAGCACCCCGAGAAGGGGAUUUAUGCCGAGGCCUUUUCUAAGCACGUGGAAGAUUCAAAGCGCGACCCGAGGAUCGAUGUUCGAAAGUGGAGGGAAGCUCUUGAGGAGGUUGGAACAUUGAAGGGCUGGGAUUUACAGAAUGAGACGAACGGACAUCAAGGACAAUUGAUAAAGCUAGUUGUCGGAAGGGUACUGAGUGAUUUGAAGAAAGGCCAUCUUAUUUUGACCGAAAAAUUUGUCAGAGUCGAUGAUAAGAAAAGAGCGGUCAUGAGGUUGCUUGAGGUGGGGAACGAAGACGUGAGAACUAUUGGGGUCUUUGGUAUGGGCGGCAUUGGUAAGACAACACUUGCCAAGGUCAUCUAUAAUGAAAUUAUGGACUACUUCGACAGUUGCAGCUUCCUCAAAGAUAUCCGUGCAACAGUAUUGCAUUUGGGUGGCCUUAAGUGCCUGCAGAAUCAGCUAGCUGCAGAUCUCUCUAGAUGUAAAGACCAAGACUUCACUACGACUGAUGAAGGAAUGGAUGAGCUGCAACGCAGGUUUCGGGAGAAGAAAGUUCUCGUUGUUCUCGAUGAUGUCGAUGACAGUAACCAACUCAAGGAACUGGCCUCAGUUGCUUGGUUUGGUCCAGGAAGCAGAGUCAUCGUUACAACCAGAAAUAAGAAUGCUCUAGGUUUGACUCCGGAAGAAUUGCAAUAUGAAGUCGAGGAAAUGAAUCCUGUCUGGUCAAUGGAACUCUUCUGCAAGCAUGCUUUCAGGAGUGACUCUCCAACGGUUGAAUUAAGGGCUCUGUCUGAUGCUAUUGUGAAUACAACCGGAGGGCUUCCUUUAGCGCUUGAGGUUAUAGGGUCUUACCUUUGUGGAAAAGGGAAGGUCAUAUGGAAAGAGACGUUAAAGAAGUUGAAAGAAAAACCUCACAUGAAAGUCCAAGAAAAGCUGAGGAUCAGCUAUGACUCGUUAGAACUUGAACAACAAAAAAUAUUUUUAGACAUUGCAUGCCAUUUUAUUGGAAAAGAUAGACGAGUGGCGAUUCACAUGUGGGAAGAUUGUAAGUUUUAUCCAGAAAGUGGACUUGAUGAACUCAUUCUGCGGUCUCUUAUUAAGAUCGGGGGGGACAACACAUUCUGGAUGCACGAUCAACUAAGAGACCUUGGCAGAGCAAUAGUUCAACAAGAGGAUGAGAAAGAACCAGGGAAUCGAAGUAGGUUGUGGAACAACGAAGAAGCAUUAAGUGUACUGCAGGAAAAAAAGGGUUCACCAUGUAUUGAAGCCAUUUGUCUAGAGUUUCCACAUUUGGAGGUUGAACAUAGGCGUCUUACUGACCAAAACUUUAGAAACAUGUCCGCUUUGAGGUUCCUUGAAAUAGAUGGUGCUGCCCUUGAUGGGGAUUUCCGGAACCUGUUUACAAAGUUGAGAUACCUUUGUUGGCGAUAUGGGGGGCAAGCGUGUGAGCCAACCAACUUAGAUUUAAAAAGCCUGGUUGUUCUUGAUCUAUCAGGCAGCUUGGUCACGCAUGAUUGGAGAUGCUGGAGCCUCAUGCAGACUGCAUCGAAGCUUAAAGUUCUUAUUUUGGAGGAAUGUCACCUAUUAACAUCAACCCCAGACUUCUCAUUGUUUCCAAAGCUGCCUAAUCUAUCAAACUUAAAAGCAUUGAGAGAGAUGAAUGCAGGAGGAUGUCAAAAGCUGCGAGAACUUGAAGGACUUGGUGGGUUGGUAGAUUUGGAAGAGUUGUCUAUUAGAGGAUGUACUAAAAUUGAAAAGCUGCCUAAUCUAUCAAACUUAAAAGCAUUGAGAGAGCUGAAUGCAGGAGGAUGUCAAAAGCUGCGAGAACUUGAAGGACUUGGUGGGUUGGUAGCUUUGGAAGAGUUGUCUAUUGGAGGAUGUACUAAAAUUGAAAAGCUGCCUAAUCUGUCAAACUUAAAAGCAUUGAGAGAGAUGUAUGCAGGAGGAUGUCAAAAGCUGCGAGAACUUGAAGGACUUGGUGGGUUGGUAGCCUUGGAAGUGUUGUCUAUUGAAGGAUGUACUGAAAUUGAAAAGCUGCCUAAUCUAUCAAGCUUAAAAGCAUUGAGAGAGAUGUAUGCAGGAGGAUGUCAAAAACUGCGAGAACUUGAAGGACUUGGUGGGUUGGUAGCUUUGGAAAAGUUGAAUAUUGAAGGAUGUAUUGAAAUUGAAAAACUAUCUAAUCUAACAAGCUUAAAAGCAUUUAGAGAGAUGUAUGCAGGAGGAUGUCAAAAGCUGCGAGAACUUGAAGGACUUGGUGGGUUGGUAGCUUUGGAAAAGUUGAAUGUUGAAGGAUGUACUGAAAUUGAAAAGCUGCCUAAUCUAUCAGACUUAAAAGCAUUGAGAGAGAUGUAUGCAGGAGGAUGUCAAAAGCUGCGAGAACUUGAAGGACUUGGUGGGUUGGUAGCUUUGGAAAAGUUGAAUAUUGAAGGAUGUGCUGAAAUUAAAAAGCUGCCUAAUCUAUCAGACUUAAAAGCAUUGAGAGAGAUGUAUGCAGGAGGAUGUCAAAAGCUGCGAGAACUUGAAGGACUUGGUGGGUUGGUAGCUUUGGAAAAGUUGAAUAUUGAAGGAUGUGCUGAAAUUAAAAAGCUGCCUAAUCUAUCAGACUUAAAAGCACUGAGAGAGAUGUAUGCAGGAGGAUGUCAAAAGCUGCGAGAACUUGAAGGACUUGGUGGGUUGGUAGCUUUGGAAAAGUUGAAUAUUGAAGGAUGUAUUGAAAUUGAAAAGCUGCCUAAUCUAUCAGACUUAAAAGCAUUUAGAGAGAUGUAUGCAGGAGGAUGUCAAAAGCUGCGAGAACUUGAAGGACUUGGUGGGUUGGUAGCUUUGGAAAAGUUGAAUGUUGAAGGAUGUACUGAAAUUAAAAAACUGCCUAAUCUAUCAGACUUAAAAGCAUUGAGAGAGAUGUAUGCAGGAGGAUGUCAAAAGCUGCGAGAACUUGAAGGACUUGGUGGGUUGGUAGCUUUGGAAAAGUUGAAUAUUGAAGGAUGUACUGAAAUUAAAAAGCUGCCUAAUCUAUCAGACCUAAAAGCAUGGAGAGAGAUGUAUGCAGGAGGAUGUCAAAAGCUGCGAGAACUUGAAGGACUUGGUGGGUUGGUAGCUUUGGAAAAGUUGAAUAUUGAAGGAUGUAUUGAAAUUGAAACGCUGCCUAAUCUAACAAACUUAAAAGCAUGGAGAGAGAUGUAUGCAGGAGGAUGUCAAAAGCUGCGAGAACUUGAAGGACUUGGUGGGUUGGUAGCUUUGGAAAAGUUGAAUAUUGAAGGAUGUACUGAAAUUGAAAAGCUGCCUGAUCUAUCAAACUUAAAAGCUUUGAGAAAGAUGAAUGUAGGAGGAUGUCAAAAGCUGCGAGAACUUGAAGGACUUAGUGGGUUGGUAGCUUUGGAAGAGUUGGAUGUUGAAGGAUGUACUGAAAUUGAAAAGCUGCCUGAUCUAUCAAACUUAAAAGCUUUGAGAAAGAUGAAUGUAGGAGGAUGUCAAAAGCUGCGAGAACUUGAAGGACUUAGUGGGUUGGUAGCUUUGGAAGAGUUGGAUGUUGAAGGAUGUACUGAAAUUGAAAAGAUGAAUGCUCGAGGAUGUCAAAAGCUGCGACAACUUGAAGGACUUGGGGGGUUGGUAGCUUUGGAAGAGUUGGAUGUUGAAGAAUGUAUUGAAAUUGAAAAGCUAUCUAAUCUAUCAAACUUAAAAGCUUUGAGAAAGAUAAAUGCACGAGGAUGUCAAAAGCUGCGAGAACUUGAAGGACUUGGUGGGUUGGUAGCUUUGGAAGAGUUGGAUGUCGAAGGAUGUACUGAAAUUGAAAAGCUGUCUAAUUUAUCCAACUUGAAAGCUUUGAAAAAGAUGAAUGCACGAAGAUGUGAAAAGCUGUGAUAACUUGAAGGACUUGGUGGGUUGGUAGCUUUGGAAGAGUUGGAUGUUGAAGGAUGUAC